AUGGACGUCUCGUUGCGCGUCGUCCCAUGGGAGAACCGAGGACCGGCCCAGCAGACUCCCCAGCCGCAUACUGCUGGCGCUGGCGCUGCUCAUCAGCAGGUUCAGAAACUGCCUUCUAUCUCGACGCUUACCGCCAGUAUGUCUCUCGGUAAUUUUACCAAUGCUGUUGUUGUGGCACAGGCGUCCUUGAACACCGUCGAGCGUGACUCUGGCAAUUGGUCCAUGCCACAGAGCGCCCGCUCCUCCACAUACUCAAACACGACCAAUGGCACCAAUGGCACCAAUGGCUACGCCCAGUAUCCUUACAUCACCUCCUCCCAACACUCCCCAAAGCAUCGCCAGUCUCAACAGCAGCAGCAGCAGCAGCAGCCCUCAAACGAUCCACAGCCGCAGACUCCCUCCUCUGCUACGCCCACCUCCCAACAACACUCCCCAAGCUACUCCAUCCACCAGCAAAACGCUUUACUACCUUCCAUCAACCAAAAUUUCGACGGCGGCUCGGCCCAGUGGUCCAAUGCUAAUUUCUCAGAGUCCCGUCGCAGCAGCAUUGAUAGUCGAAUGAACCAAGGCAUUGGUUCCUUAGCCAUAAACCAAGCCUCCCCCUACCACAGCACGAAUGCCUCUCAAUCGUCGAUUGUCUCCGGCCUGCAGCGCGAUCGUGGCAUUUCCGGUGAAUAUUCAACCCUGGCUGGCCAAAGGGGCCCUCGCUACAGCGGCGACCAACGCCAUCCACUCUCCCCUCUCGGCCCCAGGACGAGCGGCCAGGGUCAACACCGUUCCUUUCCCGUGCGCAGGACCGCGCCCGCCAUUUCCAAGAAUCCACACGCCGAGAUUUACAAUGCGGAAUCACCCACGGCCGGCCAGGCUUACGCCUUUCCGGACCCUGACGUUGCUCGCUCAUCAGACAAGGAAAAGCAAUCGUGCGCAACCCUCCAACUGCCACAUGGCCAACAAGAACUACCGCAGAAUGUCCAUCAUCAUUCCCUGCAGCAGAAACAGGUUAGAGACUUAAUGGGCGAUCCAGAGUCACCGAACGGCGCUACCCCGUAUAGCAGAACCCCAGAAUUGCGCGUUACCCACAAGCUAGCAGAGCGCAAAAGACGAAGUGAGAUGAAAGACUGCUUUGAACUUUUACGUUCGCGCCUCCCUUCAAGCCAGAGUAGCAAGUCCAGUAAAUGGGAGACCCUGACUCGAGAAAAAACAGUCCAACAAACCCGUCACGAAGCCGUCACCUUGAAGGCUGAAGUCACCGAACUGCGCCAACAGCUUAACGAGCAGCUCCACCGUCAAGCAGCUACAAACGGCCACCACCACCACCACUCCCAGGCUGCCUACGAUCGUGGCACGCCGCAGCAAGGUGCUCCCUCACUCCAACAACAAACCAACGGCGCACACCCCCACCCACACUCACAAAAUCAUAUGUAUGCCAACGGGCACGGGAGUCCCUAUUCCCCGCCCGGCGCCCAGCAACCCCAACACCCCUCUGUUGACCCAGCGAGGACGCUACCGCCCCUGAUGAACGGCUCGCUGGCGAUGCAGGAUGUACAGUAUACCGAGGAGCGUCGAUGA